AUGGUGAAUGGACAAAAGCUUAUAUUUGGUAUGAAGGAGUAUGCAUUGGUUACCGGCCUAUGUUUCGGCAUUUAUCCUGAGUUGGACCAAGAAAAAUUGCGUUGUUGUCCACCUCUCUCAGUGAAAUACUUUAAAGGGAGCAUGAGUGUGAAAAUUAAUAAAGAUGAUUUUGAUGAAGAUGAAGAAAGUGAACAUGAAGAAGUUACUCCAAAUCCCCCCAAACCUGCCACCAAGAAGAGAAAAGUUGAUGCUACUCUUAAAGAAGCAGUCAACUUGAAGAAGAAGCUUGCUUAUGAAUCGAUUCUGGCCCGCAUUCUUACUCCCCCCUCCGCGACCUCAAGUCCUCGGGCUGAGACACCUCCUCCUCGGGCUCAGACACCUUCUCCUCGGGCUCCAACACCUUCUGUUGGAUGUGAAUUUAAUGAGAUGAAGGAGGAGCUGAAAAUAGAGAUGAAAGAGGAGCUGAAAAAGCUGAAAACAGAGCUCAUCAAAGAGCUGAAAAUCACAAUCCAAGAAACUCAAGAAACUCACCUUGAGUCGUUCAAGAAGAUGGAGAUGAUAGCGAUGCAGGAGACUGUGGGGGAUGAUGAGAAGGUGAAUGAUGGGAAUAAUGGGAAGAAAGAUGAUGUAAAGGAGGACGAUGAGAAGGUGGAGGACGGUGAGAAGAUGGAUGAUGAGGCUAAAGUGGAGGACGGUGAGAAGCUGGAUGGUGUGGCUAAGGUGGAUGAUGUGGAGGUUGAUCUGAAAGUGAAGGUGAAGGAUUUGAAAGUGAAGGUGAAGGAUGAGAAGAGUGUGGGUGUGGAUGUGAAGGCACAGACAAAUGAGGAAAUUAUGGGAGGAGAUGACAAUGAUGACAAUGAUGAUUUCCAGUUAUACAAUACUCCUCCAAAAGGAAAUUAUGGGAGGAGAGUGAGGAAGCCGAAAAAAGAUGACUCGUACACCAACCCUUCCUUGUCAAAAAUGCCCAAGACAAAGGAUCCAAUGAAAGUGAAUCACCUUCAAAAAUUUGAAGAUGAGCUGCUGGAUAAAGAAAUCGAUGCAUUCUGCCAUCUUUUGCGGAAAAGGAUUUCCUACUAUCCCAAGACAUAUAAAAAUUCACAUGUGGCAAUUGGGGAUUGUUUAUUGUCGGACAGAAUCAGGCGAGAGCACAGGACUUUUAUUAAGGAUCCUACUAACUAUCCAGUCGCCGAAUUCAAAGACUAUUACAUGGCCGCACCACAUAGAUAUAUGCCAGAAUGGUCAACAAUUGACGAUGUCUACAUGCCUGUGAAUAUUAACCAGAAACACUGGAUUUUGUGUGUAGAACGUCUUCAAAAGUACUGCAUUGACGUGUACGACUGUGAUGCCUAUCUUUAUAAGAAUCUGGAUCCUUAUUUGAAAUCCUUCUGCGACAUGAUUCCACAUAUAUUCUCAAAGACAAUCACUCCUGGUGAGAGGGUAAGGUAUCCUAAAUUCAACUUCGAAGGCCCCAUCCAACCAAUGACUUACAAACGGUUACCACACCCCAAAGUGAAAACCGCUGCAGCUAAGGUUGGAGAAGUCCCAUGGGCAACAGAGAGCGGGGACUGUGGGGUCUUCACGCUAAUGUAUAUGGAACACUUGACCGUUAAUCAAGCUGUGCACAAUGUGACCUUAGAAAACAUGGAGUUUUUUAGGCAGAAGAUGGCGGUCAGGUUAUUCCAUCAGAUUAUCGAACCUUAG